UUGCGGCUAAACUCGACCUUCUGACGAAUGAGCUUCUCUUCAUGCAGAGGAGUUUUAGUGAUCUUGCCCGCCAGGUGAUGAUGCAGCAGACGUUUGUCGAGGAACGCAUCCGGUCCGAUGGCGGUUCCGGUCUGAAACAGAUUCGAAAUCUUCAAAAUGGCGACCGGAUCUACCAGACCGCAGACCAUGCAAGUGGCAGUGUGGCUGGGAUCCACGAGCACUCCAGUAACACAAGAACCAUCGGAAUGGGCGAGCUGAACGCCGUGAUUAACGGCGUUGAAUUCCGGACACGUCACAACGACUACCGCCUUGCGAUGCCGGCGUCUAAUAACACAUACAACGCCCAGGUUGAUAUCCCGUUCCCGGAAGUUCCGCCGCCGGUUCUUAGUAAAGCCACAGUUGAAGAGCAGAUUGCUGAAAUGAAACUCUGGUUCAAAGCGUUCAAGAAUCAGAACUACACGGAGCGGGACUACCGUAAGUACUUUAAACCGGUACUCUGCUACCUGGAAGGCGCCUGGACGACCAACACAGAUAAGCUCGAGGAACCGUUUUUCAGCGACAGGCAUUUCAUCGACGCCUCCAGCUGGUUUGACCUCCAGGAAAAGAUUCGAUUUACGUCCUACACCGGUGGAAAAGACGUAGAAGAGAAUUUUGCUUACCUCCCCACCACGAUUAUGAAUGUGGCCAAUGGAACGGCUGUAUACGCUCAAUGGAACUACAAGAUUCUAUGUCACCCGUUGCAAAGCGAUUUGCCCCUGAGCGCCAUUGCGUUUGUCGAUGACCUGUCAAAAAGGAUGCGAAAUAAGCUGACGCCCGCUCAGAUACAGGAGACCCGCAUGGCGAGAUAUCAAAUACUUAGUGAAGUUCCCACCAACCCUACCAACAUUCAGCCACGAGCCUACGACUGGGGUGUACUUGACGAUCUGAUGUAUCAGAUACCAGGGAAAGAUAACUACGGUGCUCAACUACUGGAUGAUGGCUCAGGAGACACCCUGUAUCACUACAACACGAAAGUCAAUGCUCUGCUGGAGCUCAAUACCGCUCACUAUAACAGAGCCUAUAGGAUGAAGGGCAAAGAUGCUUCCGGUAACAGUGUCAACCACCGCGGUUACUCUGACCUAAACCUGUUUGCUGCCCAGACAACAAGCGAAAAAAUUGCUCCCAUGUCAAUGGAGAUCUGCAAAAUCGUUAGAAAGAAAACCGAGUGCACGAGAAAGUCCGCCCGUUACACGUGGGCCAUUCCUCUCGAGCUUAUCUACAUGACGCCGCUGCUGUCUUGGAAUCCGUACAAUAUACGUCAUGUGGCUUCCUUCAAAGAGGAUGAAAUCCGCAGCGUCGAGUUUUCCGCCGACGGAAAGAAGCGUACUGGCGGAUUUACGCCGGAGACAGCAUUCAACGGAACUCACGAAAAGAGCUUUUACCGAACGCCCUCGGAGCUUUUUGGAAACAGCAUGACCGUAGAUCCAGGCAAAGCAGACACUGUCUUAGGUUCCGUUGGUGUUCUGGACCUAGAAGGCAAUGUCCGAAAGGUUGUGGCUUCCGGUACAAGAAUAAUCAUUCCGGAAAUAGAAGGCGUCGGUAAAGUGCGCACGCGCUAUCCCAUAAUGCCAUUUCAUUCUGAUGGUGAGCAGACGAGAAAGGAACUGGAAGCACUCAAGGAGAUGGUUCUGCGGAUGGGGACGCACGGCUCACUUUUCUACGAGACACCGUUGACCGUUGACAACCUUGACGACUACGCUAAAAAGGAACAGCCUGUUCACCGGAUACUGGUCGCCCCAACCACGAAGAAUCCCCCCGGUCUGCAUGGUCACUAUAUAAGCGUCAUGCAGAGUGAAAUUGACCUUAUGAGGACCGGGAAGACCAUUGUUUUCGAUACCACCACUGACCAGGGUCACGCGCACACGCUCAGGGUCAAGAUGGACAGCCGAGGCAAAUACAUCAUGACAUCGUGCGACGGCAAGAAGAUAUGCUGGGACGAACACCCCACGGAGAUGAUUUUCAAAUUUAAAAUUGCCCUAGAUGAUUGUUUAUGAUCUACUAUAAGCAACCGUUUACCAAUCCCAAAUAAAUUCAAUUUUAAUACGCAAGAAGCUAGUAGAUUUUCUAGAGUUUCGUUGUUUUUAAUAUUGUAUGCACGUUAAUUUUCGCUGAGAGCUGUAAUGGGUAAUUUUAAUUGCCUUAAUCAAUAAAUAAUAUCGUAUGUCUGAAUCAAAGGUACUGAAUAAACACGUAUAUCAAUUAGGGUCUAAAUUGUGAAAAGAUAAUACAAUAAAAAGAUAAUAGAUACACAAACUAUUUAAUGAAAACAGUGCAAAUACUUAUUUUUUUCCACCUAAUUCAUUGUGACUGUAUUGUAUUUCCAUAUGGACUAGUGCAAGCAUUGUUUUCUGAAAGAGUUUAUCUGUUUGACAUAUUUAUGGAUUGUAGCUUUAAAUAGAAAUUUUGAAUUGUGAAUUGCAUAUUACAAUACAGAUCAUUACACACACUGCCAAUUUCUAAGUGUACGAUAAACGUUUUCUAGUUGAUGUAUCUUCUUGUGUAUCUAAUACAAGUAUAAUUGAAUAUAGCUUUGCAAUUUUUUCCGCCAUUGACCAA